CACCUUCCUCCAAUCCCUGAAUCACCACCCUUGUUGCUCAGACUUCUUAUAGUUAAUUUGUUUAAUUAAUAUAUUUGCUAGAAAAUGGGCUCUGAAACACCAAAACCUCACGUGGUUAUUGUCCCCUUUCCAGCACAAGGCCAUGUCACACCCAUGAUGCACCUAUCCAAGCUCCUCCACUCCAGGGGCUUCCAUAUCACCUUUGUCAACACCGAGUACAACCACAGGCGUCUGGUUAGGUCUCAAGGACCAGAGUCGGUCAAGGGAUUGACCGACUUUCGGUUCGAGACCAUUCCGGACGGGCUCCCGCUGUCCGACCGGAACGUGACACAGUACGUGCCGCUUCUGGGUGACUCGACCCGGAAGAACAGUUUGGCCCCGUUGGUGGAUUUGUUACGUAGGCUGAAUUCCACACCGGGGGUGCCUCCGGUUUCGUUCGUGAUUUCUGAUGGACUUAUGAGCUUUGGCAUUGAAGCAGCCAAAGAGGUUGGAGUUCCAGAGGUUCAGUUCUGGACUGCUUCGGCUUGUUCGUUCAUGGGGUACCUCCAUUAUCGAGAGCUCAUUAAAAGAGGCAUUUUCCCAUUUAAAGACGAGAACUUCGUGACUGAUGGUACUCUUGAUACUCCCAUUGAUUGGAUACCGGGCAUGAAGGACAUACGACUCAAGGACCUCCCAAGCUUGCUGAGAACCACCGACCCUAAUGAUAUCGGGUUUGAUUUCUUCGGAGAGGAAGCACAAAAUUGCCUGAAAUCUUCGGCGAUAAUCUUCAACACCUUUGAUGAGUUCGAACAGGAAGUUUUAGAGGCAAUCGCAUCCAAAUUUCCCCGCAUCUACAACAUCGGACCGCUUAGCUUACUAAGCAAGCAAGUGAAUACUAAUAGCCAACUCAAUUCACUGAAUCCGAAUCUAUGGAAAGAGGACUCCAAAGUUUUUGAAUGGCUAGACAGAAAGGAGCCUAACUCAGUUGUGUAUUUGAAUUAUGGAAGCAUCACAGUGAUGAGUGCGGAGAACUUGAGGGAAUUUGCAUGGGGGCUUGCAAACAGUAAGCACCCAUUUUUGUGGAUUGUUAGGCCCGAUGUUGUCAUGGGUGAUUCAGCAAAACUUCCUGAAGAAUUCUUGGAGGAGACCAAGGAUAGAGGAUUGCUAGUGAGCUGGUGCCCUCAGGCCAAAGUGCUUAAGCACCCGUCCACGGGGGCGUUUCUGACGCACUGUGGGUGGAAUUCCACGAUAGAAGCAGUGUGUGGAGGUACGCCGGUGAUUUGCUGGCCUUAUUUUGCAGAUCAACAGACAAAUUGUCGAUACGCGUGCACGACUUGGGGCAUGGGAGUGGAGGUGAAUAAUGAUGUGAAGCGCGACGAGGUCGAAGCUCUUGUUAGGGAAAUGAUGGAAGGGGAAGGGGGGAAGAAAAUGAGAAGCAAAGCCAAGGAGUGGAAGAAGAAAGCAGAAGAAGCUGUAGACGUUGGGGGAUCAUCUUACAAUAACUUUGAUAGGUUCAUAAAGGAAGCUCUCCUACACAAAGAGUAAAUCAGAUGCUGAUAGCUAUAUGUAGACGUACGUUAAGUGGCCGUGAGUGUCCUCUGUUUGUUGUUUAAAUAUAUACUAUUUGCGUUUGUAUUUGCAGAGCUUUACAUGUGUGUGUGGGAGUUCAGCAUCAAGAGAGAGAGAGAGAGAGAGAGAGAGAAGAAGAAGAAGAAGAAGAAGAAAGUUUGUGCUGUGUUGUGAAAGAGUGAGACACGAGGGGUGCAAGUGUGAUCCA